CCCCCCCCCCCCAGCUCAGCGAGAUGGGCCCCUUAAAAUCAAGUCGGUGGGGGUCUCCCUGGAGGGUGUUGCAUGCUGUCCUGUUUUUAUCCCUAUGCUUCGCAUUGGCCACUUCUGGCGCAGUCCAAGCGCUACGGUUUAGAGCGGAUGGCACAUUCAAAAUUCUGCAGAUUGCAGAUAUGCAUUACGAGAACGGUGAGCAGACCCCUUGCAGUGACAUACCGGAAAGUUGGGAGGCCACGUGCUCGGACCUCAACACGACAUCUUUUGUUCAGAGGCUGAUUGCUUCAGAGGACCCAGAUCUUAUUGUUUUCUCAGGAGACAAUAUCAUGAGUGGUUCACUCGAUGCUGUUGCUUCCAUGAAUGCAGCAUUUGCGCCAGCGAUCGAUGCGGGGAAGCCGUGGGCGGCCGUGCUCGGCAAUCACGACCAGGAGGCGGAUCUGGACAGGCUGGGCGUGAUCGCCUAUGCAAGUGGGCUCCCAAUGACCUUGACGAAGCUCAAUCCGGGCUGCCACGUGGCCAGCGAUUGUAAGCCUGUGAAAGGCAACUUCAGCAUCAAUGGACGGCAAGUGAGUCAAGACUUCCGUCAGUGUGUCUCCGAUGGGCCUAGCGAAGACCUGCCUGUCGCUUUUCGGUGCGGGGUGGGCGCAAGCAAAGGCCCUGCCGCCGCUGCCGGCGCCGCCGAACAACAAGUGGGAGGAGUUUCGCCCGGUCUGCUGCCUGUUGUGGAGGGGUGGGGGAAUUACCAUUUGGUGGUAAAUGGCCCUCUUGGCUCUAAGUCGGAAAGCCGCGUAGCGGCGGUUCUAUACCUCCUUGAUUCUGGUGACUAUACAAAAUUGCCGGACAUAGGGAAGUACGAUUGGAUUCGCCCGGGGCAGCAGCUAUGGAUGAAGAGUGUGGCGGCGCAACUCAUGGCAUUGGUGGUGGAUGGUGAAGACGCGCCUAUCGGACUGGCUUACUUCCACAUCCCAGUUCCAGAAUUUGAGCGGGCAUGGGAAUCAUCAGCUAAGACAGGGGUGAAGCAGGAGGUGGUUUCCUCUGCAGUCGUGAACUCAGGAUUUUUCACUGCUAUGCUGGAGACACAGCACAUUAAGGCCAGCUUUGUCGGCCACGACCAUAUCAACGACUAUUGCGGAUCGUUUCGAGGGAUGAAGCUGUGUUAUGCCGGGGGUACCGGAUAUCAUGCGUAUGGCAAAGUGGGGUGGCCACGGCGAGCGCGGGUGGUCCUGCUGCGGAUGGGAGAAGGGGUGGUGGGCUCUGAGCGCAACAGUCAGGUUGAGGAGAUAUGGUCGUGGAAGCGUCUUGAUGAUGGUGUCGGGCACGACGGGAUGAGCGACAUUGACCGGGAGCUGCUUUGGGGCAAGGGCGUGGACGUUGAAGGAUCAGGUACAAGUGCCGAAAGUGGACCAGGUACGGAGCAGGAUGAACUUGACAUGCCGGGAUAUGAUAAUGCAGGGGACAUGCCGGAUGGCCCGAACGAAGAGAUGCACGCGGUAGGAAGCCUGGGAAGUUGAGGAAACAGGGUGAGCAUUCGCAGUAGAUCAGUUGCAAGGGCCGGGAAGGGCUCACAGGCUGGAGGUGGCGUUGACCCCCUUUCUUGCUGCAGUUUUCACUCUCCCCCCCCUUCCCUUUCCUUUCCACCCAACACCAUUACCUUCCCCCUCCAAUACUCCCUUCUCCCCCGCCAUUCAUAAUUCUGCUCUCUGUAAUAUAUAGCCACCUUACCAAUGCCCUCCCCCUCCCAAACCUCCCGAAACACAAGUGCGGCAAUUCUGAGUGUCUCAGCGGAUUUGGGCUGUACAGGCCAAGCGCAGUACAGUCCUGGCAUCAAAAAAAAAAAAAAAAAAAAAAAAAAAACUCAGGGGAAGGUCGUCUGCCGAUCGGUCUCCGGGACUGGCCGGCUGCGAACCGUUGGGCGGUUGGUGUCGGCGGUGUGCACACUGCACAGAUGUAAUCCGGGCGGGCAUGGAUGCAGAAAGAAAAGAUGAGACAUCAACUGUCGCCUGGUCAGGGGGACGGGGGACGGGGGACGGGGGACGGGGGACAGUGAGGUAUGAUGCCUUGACUCAUGGUAGUUCUUCACUCCUCAUGUGGAAAGACAGAUCGUAUUAGAGUCUGGAAGAGGUAGAACUGGCCUUCAUGCACUGUUGUUCGAUGCUGCCGCCCUUCACACCUUUGUUGAAUGCUGCUGGUCGGCGUCGUCUUUGUUGCUUUGCUGUCUACAGCAAUAAGCACAGAACGAGGGUGUCUACAGGUUCGGUAUGGUCUUCUGUUCAUUGAUGGAACCGGUGGGUAUGAGGCGAAGGAUAUCUGAUGGGCAGCAUUCAUCACUGCAUUUCUGACACAAAAACUCGUGGCCACGCCGCGUCAAGCGAGCACUCUCUCGAGUUUGAUGUCUGCAAACUCGAGCGUGGAAUGUUUUAUCACUUUUUUGAAGUUUUUUCUUCUUCUGUUUUUUGUGCGAUCGUAGUCCGGAUUUCUUUUCUAAUUUUGAAACUUUGGAGUCUUAAGGGUAUAACAGAUGUAGAGUUUUGAAACUUUGGAGAAUAUGGGCAAAUGAUCAUAUACAGUUGGCAGAGCAGUUAUCUCUGGGACGUUGGGGUCUGAUUUUUUUUUUCUUCUGAUGUUAUUAAGGGGAAUUGUUGGCCGUAGAGUGUGUAUCGGUGAUGUCCAUGUACAGCUGUACGACGCAUUACGGAGCGUCUGCAGCAUUUCAUGCAUGCGGUCUUUGACAGCAUAUUGCAGUUAAGUUGGGGCUUUAACAGGUUGGUAUGGUCGAGGAUUCCUGUUCAUUCUGAGGAGGGUCAUUCUGGUUCCUUUUCGAGCUGCGAAUCGAGGGGGGGGAAAUAUACGAACUGAUGCACCGACGUGUCCUUCCGUUAAGGCUGAACGGAAGGACCCUUGAAAAGCAUUGUCCAGGAGGAUUGACUGUCAGGGAGUCCCUUUUUUUUUCUUUGUAGACUCUCCUCGUGUGUCUCCAGCAGCCUUUUUCUUCGUAGACUCUUCUUGUGUCUCCAGCAGCCUUUUUCUUUGUAGACUCCUCUUGUGUCCCCAGCGUAUUGGGACCGUCAGAUUGACUUGAAAGUUGAAACCAAGAACCUUAGAAAGGAAAAAGGUAAGAAAAUUGUGUGGUUUGUUUUUGUCAAUUUUUUUGUUAUUACGGACGGCGAAGUUGUGUUAACAACGCUUAGAUUCUUUGACUUAAUGCUUUUAGUGGUUAACUACUGCAAAGGCUUUUUCAGUGUCCGCAGUAUGAGGUAUAGACGCGAUGAUGCUUCUUUUUACGUUCGCGGUGCUGAGCGAGGGAUGUUGCCACACAACACUGUAAGUGGGUAGUACAAGGCUGCUUCAAUGUUCACAAGACAGAUCAUGCAGCUGGUGCGACGACGGUUGUGAACGGGGGUGUGGGUUGGAAACAGGAGAGCAGGCACCCUCGAAGACAGAUUGCGAGGACAGCACCAAGCGCAAAGGAGAUUAACAUCUCUUUCUGUGGCUGGCAGUUGAUUCAAAAUAUGAUAACGGCGAUGCCGAUGACGAGGAGGAGCUAGGCGGACAUAAUACAGAAGGUGCUCGGUACGUAUAGGUGGAUAUGUUGGUCCUUUACUUGUAGAGGGAACGGGAAGGUGGGUUAAAUUUUCCCCGCCAGAUAUUUGUAGCUCUCUCCUUGACCAUGAGAACGCCGGGACCACCACCCCGUUACGAGGUUUUGAGGACGAGAAAUUGAGAAUGAGGGUAUCACUUUUUUUUUGAGCAUGAGAAAGAGGGCAGGGCAGGAAGUCACAAACAUCUGUGAUAAGUUUCAACACAGCGUGCUUGCAAUCGAAUGGUAUGACGGACACAGGAAGACAGAUACAGACAAAAGAGACACAAGACCCUGAUUAUGCCAAAGUAGUUUAAGACAUGCUUUGCAUCAGCCUCUGUUUCUUGUCUCCUCACACUGUUUUCUGCUGAUUGGUGACUCUGGCCCUAAGGCCAUAACAUUCGAUUGCAACCUCACAUAAAUUAUCUUUACCUUUAUGGUUUGAUAGCCUGUCAGUGAAUUGUUUGUUUGUUUGUUUGUUUUUUUUUUUUUUUUUUUGGGAACAAUGCUCCAAUCUAUUCGUGGGGAGCCGCACGUGCUGGGAACCUGUCAGUGAAUUGUAAUGUUGCGUGUGGUUGCAAUCGAAUGCCCUAGUACGUGUUAUAUAAUGCAAUUAUUAAUUUAUUAUACAGAACUGAAAGCUGUGCAGAUGCAUGGAACCAUGUGGUACUCUUGAGUUGCUCUCUUCUCUCCACUCUGCCCCUUCAAAGUCGAUCCAAGAAGCCACAGUUUAUGGAAAACAACCCAGCAGACUCUUGGUUCACGCCCCGUCAAGAGCCAGGAUGUCACCAGAUGAUUGUCCGCCAUUGGUGAAGAAACACAACGACAAAGCCAUCUGCAACCCAGUCGACCCCCCCUAAUAGUGUUGCAGGCACUCUGAACAAACUGAUGCCGACUAU